AGCCCAGCCACCGGGAUGCGCCUCAGCCUCAGCCGUAGUCUUGGGGCCGCGCCGGCGAGCGACCGAGGAAGCUCCGCGACGCCCUGCGCGCCCACGGGCGUCCCAAACGAGAGACGCUCGACCGCGCGCGCCGGCUUCCCGCCCAGCCUCCAGCCUGUGGCGCGUGCGCCCCCUGGCGGCGCCGUCGGGCCACGUUUAGGACGACCAACGGCCGAGCGGGCGUUUCCUCAAAUGAGCAUGCGCAGGCCCCACCAGCCGAUCUUCUCCCGCCCACAGAGCCUUUCCAGCCAAUCAAAGGGCCCCAGAGCCGCCCACCCUUGGGGCUUGGGGGCGGGGCGUUUAAUCUUAGCCAAUGACAGAAGAUAUUCGUUCUUCCGCCACACUCGCGCGUUGAAAAGGGGGGUGGGGCUAGGAGGCGAUUUCCUUAGCAAGAUGGCGGCGAGCGGCCUCAGUCGGGCAGCCGCCGCGGCCGGCACCUCGGUGAAGCCCAUUUUCAGUCGGGACAUGAACGAGGCCAAGCGGAGGGUGCGCGAGCUCUACCGCGCCUGGUACCGGGAGGUGCCGAACACUGUGCAUUUGUUCCAGCUAGACAUCUCUGUGAAACAGGGACGGGAUAAAGUCCGAGAAAUGUUUAUGAAGAAUGCCCAUGUCAUGGACCCCAGGGUAGUUGAUCUUCUGGUCAUUAAGGGAAAGAUGGAACUGGAGGAAACGAUUAAAGUGUGGAAGCAGCGGACACAUAUUAUGCGGUUCUUCCAUGAAACAGAAGCGCCAAGGCCAAAGGACUUCCUGUCCAAGUUUUAUGUUGGCCAUGACCCGUGAAGUCACUCAAUGGAAAGGUGCAUGUUGAUAUUUAAAUACUUUAGAGCACAAAUAAACAAUAUAUGAUGGUCAUAUA